GGGAGGAUGGGUUCAGAUAAUCAGAGAGAGAGAGAGAGAGAGAGAGCGAGAGCAUAUAAUAUGUCAGGAUUUUGUUACCAGGAAGUGGGUCGAGUUAUUUAUAUUUCAACACUCGUCCUCUUGGUCCUGAGGCAGAAACAGUGUUAGUAACCUGAAACUAUAUAAUCAAGCAUCGUCUGGAUCUGCUCCUGUUGUAAUGACAAGAACUAGAGCAAAAAAGAAAUAUCUGUAAAUGUUACUAUACUGUUCAGUCUGUGAGUCGCCAUGAAGGAUUCAAGAUAAAACACAGAUAAAGGUGAAGCUAAUUUUAACGACUUAUAUUCAAACCAGUUUGCGGCAGUGGGUCCUGACCAAGGUGGUGGGAUGAAGCUCCACAAAAAGAUUUUGACCCAUUAUCUGUCCUGCACUUCUCCAGUAGACAAAGAGGGAUAUCUCUACAAAAAGAGAGAACGAAAUGGCACCUACCAGCGGAGGUGGUUCGUGCUGAAGGCAAACCUGCUUUUCUACCAGGAGCGGCCGGCUGACAGACACCUGCUGGGUGUCAUCGUGCUGGAGGGAUGUGCAGUGAGGAGCUCACAGUGUGAGGAUGAGUUUGCCUUUUCCCUGGUGUUCGAGGGGCCUGGACUCAAAACGUACACAUUUGCAGCAGUGGAUUGUCAGACUCGGGAGAGCUGGGUGAAAGCUCUGCUGUCAGCAAGUCACUGUUACCUGUCACUGCUGGUCAGAGACCUGGGGAGACAGUAUGAAGAGGCGAAACAGCUCCCACGCUCUGGUGAAUCCCAUCUCAGCUCCUCGGUCAGUUUGCUCAAGCCGUCCCCGGCCUGCUCGUUCUUCUCUGGGCAUGGACCGACAGCAGUGGUCAGACAGGGCCGAAGCUUCAGUGCCAGCAGUGUUUUACAGGCUCCUUCCAUGUCCAGUAGAGUGGCAGCUAAAAAGUCCCCCAAACUGUGGCACAGGAGAAAUGCCCUGGUCACACCUCUCAACGGACCAGCACCUUACGGCGAGUGGCCUUUGGUGGGUUUGGAUCUGUUUGAGGACUUCAGCAAACUUCAUGACUAUUACGGCCAGGAAGUGAGGAGAGCGAAGGGGGAGUGGCUGAGGAGUCGACGCACAGCAGAGGAUGGAGAUCUCAUUGACCUGGGGUGAAGAGAAAGAAAAAAAAAACACCUGGCAGUUAAGAAACUGUUUUAGAGAAACUGAGGUUUUCCUGUGUAGCAAAGAGGAACUGGACCUGAAACGUGUGAGGUUAAAACUAAAACUGUGUUUUCUGAUAAAGAACUUGAGGUUUCUCAUGAUCGACUUUCACACAUGUAUUUGUUCAUAUGAGAAGAAGUGAUUUUCUCUCUUCUGGCUGCAGAGCAGAAAACUACAGAAAGAAACACAAAAAUGAACAAACAAAAAGUAUGUAUGACAUGUUAAACUUAUCACGUGUUACUGUAAGAUACUGUUGUGGUCAUGUGUGACAGGAUCCUGAAACUGAAAACAUCUGCAUCGUUCACACACAUGCUUUUAAACACAUGUAUUAGACCACCACACACGUGAGGUUUAUGCAACAGCUGCACUAAAUUAACAGCAUUGAUAAUUAUCACAAUCAUUUGAACAGAAAAAUUCGUUUUAGUGGUUGAAUGUUAUGCUCGAUUCAUUUCUGUCUUCUCAGAGAAGAAGCCCAGUGAGGCGGGCUGAAAUUUGGAUAUAAAAAGGUGAAUUCAGUUUUGUUAUUUGCCAAAUAAAUAACAAUAACAAUUUUAACUUAUUUUUUUAUUUUUAUUUUUUUUAAAGAUUUCAGGUGGUCUAAUACAUUUGUUAAGUACUGUACAUGUAACAUCAUCACAUUUGAUCAAGACAU